ACUUCCCCUGUAACUGUCGAAUCGGAAGCUGACUUCAGCGUGAAGGCCGGUCGAGUAAUCGCUACCGAAUUUAUUUUCCUUCUGUUUUACACACGAUCGUGAAAUGGCCCAAAAACCAAAACUGGUCACCGCACGAUUGUUAGCGCACAUCACCAAGCUUUUUAAACACAGCGACGAUCACAACGGUCGCCCUACCCUGGUCGCUAGCUAGCUCCUGUCUCUUGUCUUGCAGCGAUUUGGCCAAUGGAUGGCAGCAGUGCAACGUGGAGAGCUGCUGCCACUGUAUUUAUCAAGAAUGAAGAAGAAAAAACGGUUGGCUGCCUUUUAAUUGGUCCACAGAAGCUGAGGAGCAUGAGUGACCAAUAGUUAUGCCUCAGAGUCUAGAUUGUCCAACCAGAUGCCUUGUGGGCGGAACAUCAUCUUCUACAACGAUUUAUUCCAAAUUCAACCGUUGUGAGUGUAUCGUGAAUUAACUUUACGUUGCGUGGUAGUUGUUCAUGGAAACACCCACUGGACACCACUUGAAUAUAGUAAGUGAUAGAAGUUUACUGACAGUAUUAGAAAUCACCUGCGUUCAUACAAGUCCUUUAACGAAGGCGCCAAAGCCAGCAGAUGACAAUACUCAGCUAAGUUGGCUAAGCUAACCACCUAGCGUGAAGCAUGCCGAAUUUUUGCGCGGCCCCGAACUGUACACGGAAGAGCACUCAGUCAGAUUUGGCAUUUUUUCGGUUUCCACGGGACCCAGAGAGAUGCCGAAUCUGGGUAGAGAACUGCCGCAGAGCAGAUCUAGAGGCGAAAACAUCAGACCAGUUGAACAAGCACUAUAGAUUAUGUGCUAAACAUUUCGAUCCAGCUAUGGUGUGCAAAACUAGCCCCUAUAGGACUGUACUGAAGGAUACUGCUAUUCCAACCAUAUUCGAUCUGACAAGCCACCUAAGAAACCCUCAUACCAGACAUCGCAAGCGGAUUAAAGAACUUACUGAUGAAGAUAUAAGGAAGAUUAAAGAAAGGAGAUUGGCGUCGUCUAUUGAACAGCUUGUAUCCAAAAAAGAUGCAGCAGCCGAGGAUAGCACAAGCACCAAUGAGGAUGAACCUCAGCUGUCCACAGAAGAGAAGGAGUUUCGUGAAUACCUGAGAUCCUUGUUUGAGGUUGUGGUCAUGUUAGGAAAACAGAGUAUCCCGCUAGUGGCCGGCAAAGCGUGCAAAACUGAACACAAGUCCAACAACUUCCAGGCCCUUCUAGAUUACCGCAUGAAUGCUGGAGACCAAGCUCUGAGGAAGCGGUUUGUGGCGACAGCUGUGAACACAGAGUACCUCUCUGCAACCCAGCAGAGCCAGCUCCUGGACGUCUGUGAGAACACGGUGAGAGAGGAGAUGCUAAUGGAGGUGAGAGAGAGUCGCUUCUUCUCCCUAGUGACGGGUGACCUUGUUGAGUUUUCCGACGAGAAACACCUGCCUCUAUUUUUACGCUUUGUGAAUCAGCAGAACGUCCUCCGAGAGGAGUUUUUGGACUUUUUGCUGUUCGAUGGUGACGAGUCCACCCUGGUAGAGAGGCUGGAGGCCCAGCUGACUGACCGCUGGGGGCUCAGCAUGGAGGACUGCCGCGGUCAGGCCCACAAGGCCACAGGGACUUCCACCACCAAGAUGAAAGCUGUGGCAGUAUUGCUGAUGGAGAAGUAUCCCCUGGCAUUGCACGUGCCUUGCUCCCAUUUGGCGCUGAACAUCCACCUGGCCAACAGUCUGCCAUUCCCCAGUGUCCAGGUUGUCAUGGAGACUCUGACGAGGAUUGGCGCCUUCUUUAGUGCCCCGCUCGCUCAGGAUGAGCUCGAGAAGUCUAUCUCUUCUCACUACCAGAAAAAUGAAGAAAAAGGAGAGGCACUAAAACAAGCUUGUGGCUCAGGAUGGACAGAGCAGCACAGCGUCUUUGAUGUGCUGUUAGAUUUGUUGCCGCCCCUGCUGCUGUGCAUGGACAACAUUUGGAACAAUGACGACGGAAAGUUUCCUGACACUGUCGCAGCAGAUGCGUACUCAGUCGCGGAAACUCUGGCUGACUUUGAGAUCAUUGUCACCAUUGUCAUCUUAAAGAAUGUUCUCACAUUCACCAGAGCCUUCGGGAGGAAUCUCCAAGGGGAAACGCUUGAGGUAUUCUUUGCCGCCAACAGUCUAACUGCUGUCCUGCAUUCACUGAACGAGGUCAAUGAUAACAUCGACGUCUACCAUGAAUUCUGGUAUGAGGAGGCUGUGAGCGUGGCCAGCAUAAUGGGGAUUCCUGUGGAGGUCCCGAGGCUGUUCAUUCGGAAGCAGCGUGCAGCAGAUGUGGGUGAAAUCCAAGCCGAGUCGUAUUUUAAGGAGUAUGUGACGGUCCCCAUUAUCCGCGGCAUCAUGCAGGAGGUGGAGGACAUGUUCUCCGAGACCAACCUCAAAGCUCUCAAGUGCCUGUCACUGGUCCCAGCCGUCAUGGGCCAAAUGAAGUUCAACACCACCGAGGAGAACUACGCAGAUGUUUACCGCAACGACCUCCCCAACCCGGACACGCUUCCCGCGGAGCUUCACUGCUGGAGAAUCAAGUGGAAGCACAGGGGCAAAGAGGUGCGCUUGCCCACCACCAUCCACGAAACCUUGCAGCUUCCAGACGUCAAGUUCUUCCCCAACGUGAACUCCUUCCUCAAGGUGCUCUCCACCUUACCUCUGCUGAAACUGGAGGACAGCAAAAGCGACACAGCGAGCGAACGGCUGCAGGCUUACCUCUCCGGCAUGCCCACUAAGCAGUGGAACAAAAGCCUUGCGAUGCUCAACAUUAACACUCAUGUCAAACAUGACUUGGAUGUCAUGGUGGACAAAUAUUGCAGACUCUAUCCAGAGGAUGAUCCCGAGGCUGAGACUGAGGCUGAGACUGAGGCCGAGGCCGAGGCUGAAGCUGAGGCUGAAGCUGAAGCUGGAGGCGGAGGCUGAGGAAGCAGCUGAGGAAGAUGUUGUGACAAAGUGAUGUGACACUGAGCUUAAACAGCUGCUCUUGGACAAAAAUGAAUGAAACGUAUGCUGUCAGUCAUAAACACAUCCUCCUUUGGUUGCUCAUGUAUGUUUGGCUGCAUUUACACCUGGAUAUUUGUACUGAUAAUUUAAAUGCCAAUGUGAAGAGGUAAUGGAUGCCAUUUGUAUUCUGUCUCUGAGGUUUCCAAGAAAAAAGAAAUUACCCUUAUUCGUAGAAACAUCUGUGUAUUUAAAUGAAUUGCAGCUUAAUCUUGCCUUGUAAAUAAUCACAUUUUGCAGAGAGAAAAUGCCUCAUGGAGACUCAAUUAAAAUUGCAACCCCCCAAAACCUGUAAGGCACUGUCAGAGGCAUGAUCUGUAAAUAUUUGAAGUUUCUCUGUCAGGCUGUUUUAUUAUUAACCCAGCUUCCUCUGUAAUGAUGCUGUGAUCUUAAGGAAAGUACUUUGUAGCCUAUUUCAUUUUCUUCAUUGACUUUCUUCAUUGAAGUAAGUAGAUGGGUUUUCCUCAUUGACAGCCCAUUUACAGUGACAUUUUCUUUAUUGUGUGCUUUUAAUUCAAACCACAUGCUGAACACAAGUUGCCCGUUGAGCUACAGUACACUGAUUCCUUUCCACUGACUGUGAGGCAAGGGAGCACAAGAGGGAGCAGUUACACCAAUAUCAGCAGUAUCUCUGAAUGAAUGCCAAUGAGAAGCCAUUUUUAAAAAAUAAAUCAAAAGCUUAUAUUGCCAGUGUGACAUUGUGGAUAAUUGUAAAGUUCAGAGAAAACAUUUUUUAGAAAAUUUGACUCAACUUUUUGAUGUAGCAGUAAUUCAAUAGUGUUGUUAUUGAUCAUUGUUUAUUGAAAGCUGUUUUCACCUUUGCAGCCUCCCAAAGCAGGUUUGUUAACUUGUCAAAUUUUACAUAAACUUCCACAGUCUGUUUUCAGUUUGUUUUUAAUAAAUUCCUUUUAUAGAACACUAAA